CCAGUCAGCUGAUCAGGAAGCUCCUUGUGCUGGGGCAGGGUGUGUUGUUGCUGAGAGGUUACAUUGUAUGAGACGGAAGAUUGUGUGAAAGACACAUGUGAUGUGAAUACAGUGAUGACAUCAGAAAGCUCUCCCCUCCUCCACUAUCGCCUCUUCAGUGUGUCAGAUGGGGCCCUUGGACAGACGGCCUCCACCCUGUGUGAUGGGGAGCCGACCACGGUGGGCACCGGUCCAGCCCCCCGCAAGCUCUCCACAUUCUUCGGCGUUGUUGUCCCGACCGUCCUCUCCAUGUUCAGUAUUGUGGUCUUCAUGAGAAUAGGUUUCGUGGUGGGUCAUGCUGGUCUUCUUCAGUCUCUUCUAAUGCUGUUUGUAGCAUAUGCCAUCAUCUGGUUGACGGUGCUCAGCGUCUGUGCCAUUUGUACUAACGGGGCAGUCCAAGGAGGUGGAGCUUACUUUAUGAUCUCGAGGACACUUGGCCCAGAGUUUGGUGGCAGCAUUGGGCUCAUGUUCUACUUGGCCAACGUGUGUGCAUGUGGAGUUUAUGUUCUCGGACUGGUGGAGGGGGUUCUGGAUAUCUUUGGAAAAGACUCGUCUGAUCCCACCAAUUCUCUACGAACACUGCCCCAGGGUUAUGGAUACAACUUCCUUUAUGCUAGCCUGGUGCUGCUGCUCUGUCUAUCCGUCUGUCUGGUUGGAGCUUCCAUCUAUUCCCAAGCGGCUUUCUUCAUCUUUAUUUUGGUUACCUUGGUCCUCUUCUCUAUCUUGCUGAGUUUUUUAGCUGUUGGGCCACGGCAGAUCACUAUUCGGCAUGGCGGAAAUGUAACUCUGAUCGGAGAGUACACCGGAAUCAAUAGUACCACGCUGCAUAACAAUUUACAAGCGGACUACACCUUGGAUUACACCACUGGAAACCUCAUGAAUUUCGCCACUGUCUUUGCUGUCAUGUUUAAUGGAUGCACUGGAAUCAUGGCUGGAUGUAAUAUGUCUGGGGAGCUGAAGCAGCCAAGUCGCGCCAUUCCAAUUGGGACCAUCAUAGCCGUGGUUAUCACAUUCUUUGUCUAUUUGAUACUCUUCAUCUUUACAGCAUUGACCUGCGACAGGACAUUAUUGAGAGAAGAUUACGGAUUCUUCCGGUCAAUCAAUUUCUGGGCUCCAUUUGUCCUAAUUGGAGUUUACGCCACCUCCCUGUCUGCCUCCAUGAGCACUCUAAUUGGGGCAUCUCGUAUCUUGCAUGCUCUUGCCAAGGAUGACUUAUUUGGAAUUCUCCUUGCUCCUGCAAAGCUUGUGUCCAAAGGAGGCAACCCCUGGGGAGCGGUGGUGUAUACCUGGGCCCUCGUGCAGCUGGUACUGCUGGCUGGUAAGCUGAACACUAUUGCUGGGAUUGUGACUGUUUUCUACCUCAUGGCAUAUGCGGCAAUAGACCUUGCCUGUCUGGCUCUUGAAUGGGCGUCUGCUCCAAACUUCCGGCCCACAUUCCGCCUCUUCUCCUGGCAUACCUGUCUACUGGGCAUCUUGAGCUGCCUGUUGAUGAUGUUUCUCAUUAACCCAGCCUACGCUUCUGGCAGCAUUGUCCUACUUCUCCUGUUGUUGGGAUUUAUUCAUUUCAGGAGCAGCAGCAGCAGUUGGGGAUACAUCAGCCAGGCACUUAUAUUCCAUCAGGUCAGAAAAUAUCUGUUGCUUUUGGAUGUACGCAAGGAGCAUGUGAAGUUCUGGAGGCCGCAGAUUCUCCUCAUGGUGUCCAACCCACGGACUUCCUGCCAACUGAUCAAGUUCAUCAAUGAUCUGAAGAAAGGAGGACUAUACAUUAUGGGUCAUGUAGAAACUGGAGAUCUAGAUACUCUGCCGUCUGAUCCGGUGCAGGCACAUUACAGCUUCUGGCUCAGUCUAGUGGAUAAAUUAAACGUUAAAGCUUUUGUAGAUUUGACCUUAAGUCCAUCUGUACGACAUGGGACGCAGCAGCUUCUGCGCAUCACUGGGCUUGGAGGGAUGAAGCCAAACACCUUGGUACUUGGGUUCUACGAUAAUGCUACUCCAGAAGAUUACUUUCUGCAGGACUCAGCCUUUACCCCCGGUCUCUCUCCAAAUGAUGACCCCUUUGGUGUAGAUGCUACGUCUUUGCAGGCUCACUUCCCCCCCAUCCGUAGUCCGGAGAGUCCUCGCCAUUUGGCACCUAAGGAAUAUGUAGCCAUAAUCUGUGAUGCCCUGAAGAUGCAUAAGAACAUUGUGUUAGCGCGGGGUUUCCCCUCACUUGUGAGGCCGGGGACCUCUAGCUCCAAUGCUGCCUUGUACAUUGAUGUGUGGCCCCUGGACCUCCUCCGGCCCCAGGCUUCUGCCUAUGUAGAUGUCUGUAGCUUAUUUUUGCUGCAGAUGGCAUGCAUUCUAAACAUGGCUGCCUCCUGGCACCGGUACCAGCUGCGGUUCUUUCUCUGUGUGGAGUCAUCAGUUGGCGGUAACGGUGGCAGUAGCGGCUUGUUAGCGGCAGAAGUCAAGUUCCGAGAGUUGCUCAUUAAGUUGCGCAUCCGAGCCAUCAUCCGAGUGGUGGACUGGGAUAGAGUGGCAGUGCUGUGGGGCCAAGGCCAAGAACAUCCAGGCCUAACUCGUGAACCCAUCUCUAAGGAGUAUCUGAAGGCGGCCAACCAAGUGGUGCUGGAGGAAGGUGGCAUGGAGUCCGCUGUGCGGUUCCUCUACCUCCCCCGGCCUCCUGCAGACCCUGCUCUUCAUGAACAUUACCUGGAAGAACUUGACGCCCUAACUGAGGGGCUGGGCCCCACCCUACUGAUCCAUGGCCUGACCCCCGUUACCUGCACUGAACUCUGAUGGACUUCCUGCAUCAACCAUUCCUGCAGCCUCCUCCUCAAGGACCUCCUGAGGAUGGCCCCUUCUAGAACCUUCCAGCACAAUGAUCCACUUUUCAAGGCCACUCCCAUCCUCCUUUGAGUCCUAGUAGUCACCCGAUGCUGUUAGAACAUUAGGGCAGGAGAUGAGCGGACCAAUGCUCCUGAGCCCCCCUCAGAUACAAUGGACAUAUAGCUGCAGCCCGAGGUGGGCAGAGAGUGAAUCUCCGGUCGGCACCUCACCCGCUUUCUCCACUUUUUGCUCUUAUUCUCUGCAUUUUGAAUGUUUGUUUUUCUUUUUGCACUUUACACAGGCGGUUGUUUUUUGUUUGUUUCAUUGGUUGAAGGUUGGACUUGGCUGAAUCGGGUGCCCUGGCAUUGAGCUUCCAGUGUGCUGCGUGUCCCGAGGGCGCCCCCAGGGGUCGUGCUGUUUGUCUUUGGUUGAAACGAAAGCGCUUCCUCUCUGGCUCAAAUAAUGCCUUAUACUGUAGUCACAUCCAGAGCUGCACUCACAAUUCUAGCGUUACGUCAUCUAUGUAUAUCUGGUGCGGCAUUCACAUCUGUGCUGUCCUGUCAUAUCUUGCACUCCAAUUACACCCAGAGCUGCAGUCUCUAUUCCACUGUUUCAACAUGUUCUAUCCAAAGCUGCAUUCAUGAUUUUGUUGUUACCUCAUUUCAUUAUGAUCUUUUAUACUCCUGUCACAUCUGGAGCUGCAAUCACAUCUACCAUGUCUCCCAUUCACAGCCAGAGCUGCAUUCAUCAGUUUAUUGCUCUGCUAUGUCGCACUCCAUUCACAGCCAGAGCUCCAUUCAUCAGUUUAUUGCUCUGCUAUGUCACACUCCAUUCACAGCCAGAGCUGCAUUUACAAUUCUGUUAUGUCUUGCAUUUCAAUCACACCUAGAGCUGCAUUCACACUUCUGUUAAGGAGCCGAUGUAAUGAAUUGGGGCGUCUCCACUCAAUCCACCCCUGAUUCUGAACUUGGCUGACGCGGUCAUGUGACAUGGACGCGCACUUUUGUUUUUGGGUGUCGUUUAUCUACGCGCUUCCCCCGCUCCGUUUUGCCCUCUUGUAUUGCGCACUUUUUUUUUGCUAAUAACUAACUUCUGGAUUUUUCUGAUUUUCGUGUUUUUUUUUUUUUUUUUUUUUCAAGUUUUUAUAUUUUUUUUUUCUAUGCUUCUUCGAUUACAGGGGAUUAAUGUAAUUCUGCUUCCUGUUGGCCCCCAUGCUGAUGUUCAUCGGGCCCCUGACAGUUGUUCCUAAGCGAUCAGGAGUGUAGGAACAAAGGAAACCUCUCCUUAUGAUCCUCCAGUCACAGCUAGAGCUGCACUCAUGUCUUUAGAUACAUCUUCAGUCCUCCUGUUCCAUCGCGUCCUGUCCUCCAGUCACAUCCACAGCUGCUGCCACAAUUCUGCCGUUACAUUCCAUCUUCACGACCUGACCUCUUCAGAGCUGCACUCGUAAUUCUGCUGGCACUGACGCCCUACAGCAGCUCAGCUUCAUUAGCGGCUGCGUCAGGUUUUAUGACUUGCAGCAUGGCCUAAUCUAAUGGGCAAUCUCCAUUACUCCAGCUGUGAAACUACAACUCCCAGCAGGCACACUUGCACAGCUGUUCUCGGGACUCCCAUAGAGGUAAAUGGAGCAUGCUGGGUGUUGUAGUUUCACAACAGCUGGAGCUUACCGCCAUGUAUUAACUGAUAAUGCAGGGGCCUGAGCGAAAACAGGAAGCCAGCUCUGGAUGUGACUGGAGCGCAAGGCGUGAUGUAAAAGUAGAGCUGACUGCAGCUUUGGAUGUGACUGGAGUGUAUGACAUGAGGUAACAUGGAGAUUUAACCCUUGCUCCGCUGACUGUUGCGAUGUCCACGUGCGGUUAUGGUGGCCUAUUCCGUUAUUCUCUACCGCGCCUCAGACGUGUACCCCAGGGCCGGGGCUUUGCGGAUGGUUUGUGCCUUCUUGUCUGUGGUUCUGCCCUUGCGCCUCGGGGAUUGGGUUGGGAGGGGUUAAUUCCGAGUCGUGACUGUUACGUGAAUUUUUUUUUAACUUAGUUUUUUUAUUGUAACAAUUUGACACUUAAUAAAAAAACUAACUAAAA